AUGGUAUACGCGUACAAUGACAUAGCGCUCAGGAGGAACUUGUGGAAGGAGUUAGUAGACAUAUAUAAUCAUAAUAGAGGGUCAUCGGCUGUGAUGGGAGAUUUCAAUAACGUGUUGAGCAAAAAGGAAAGAAUAGGAAGCAUUCUACCAGCCUCAACAGUACACUAUAUGACUGAGGGACUGCUUGAUCACUGUCCAGCCAUCAUCAACUGGGAGACUGGGAAACAGAAGAUUAAUAGACCUUUUAAAUACUUCAAUAUGUGGAGCAUGGAUCCAGAUUUUAAGGUAAAAGUGGCCAAUAGCUUGAAUGUUGGAAUUACAGGGACUAAAAUGUACCAAAUAGUGGGGAAAAUGAACAGAUUGAAAAGGAUACUAAAGCAACUGAACAGAACAAAAAUCAGUGAUAUAGAACUGAAAGCUGAACAAGCCAAGGUCGAACUUGAGGAGUGCCAAAAGCAGCUGCAACAAAAACCCACAAGUACUGAACUUAUUGAUAGGGAGCAGGAAUUGGCAAGCAACUAUCGAAGAUUUAAAGAAGCAAGUGACCAGUUUCUUAGACAGAAAAGUAAAAUACAAUGGUUGAAACAAGGGGACCAAAAUAACAAAUACUUUCACAUCUACAUGAAGGCAAGAAGAAAUGCUAAUAGAAUCCUCUCAAUCAAGGACUCGAUGGGUAAUAUGGUAACUAAUAUGGAUGGGAUAGCAGAUGCUUUUGUGGAAUUCUACUCUACAUUACUGGGGUCUACUAUAGAUAGCAGAGCUCAUGUAUGCAGCAGCCUGGUGAUGAAAGGCCAAGUGGUAACAGAGGAGCAAAGGCAGUUAAUAACAGAAGAUUUAAUAGAAAAGGAAGUCAAAGAAGCACUAUGGCAAAUUGAUGGAGAAAGAGCUCCUGGCCCUGAUGGAUAUGGGAGUAAAUUCUUCAAAGUUAGCUGGGACAUAACUGGUAAAGAUCUUAAAGAGGCAGUGCUAGAGUUCUUUACAUCAGGGAAGAUGCUGAAGACAAUCAAUAACACAGUAAUAACAGUGAUUCCUAACAGUAGUCAUGCUGAGACAGUCGAGGAUUAUAGACCCAUUGCUUGCUGCAACACAGUCUACAAAGUCAAAUCUAAAAUGUUAUGCAAUAGGUUAAAGCUCAUAUUGCCAGACAUUAUUUCACAGAAUCAGAGUGCAUUAGUAGCAGGGAGAACAAUUAUGCAGAAUAUAUUAAUUUGCCAAGACCUAGUGAGACUUUAUAACAGGAAAGCUGCAACAAAGAGCUUUCUGAUUAAAAUAGACCUUAAGAAGGCCUAUGAUUCAAUAGAGUGGGAGUUUGUCGAAGAAAUGUUACAUGCACUCAAUUUUCCUAUGAAGUUCAUAAGGUGGAUCAUGGAAUGCAUCUCAACUCCUCAGUAUACAGUGGCUAUAAAUGGAGGGAUUUAUGGGAACAUUAAAGGAAAGAGAGAUGAUGUACUCCUAUUUUGCAAAGAGGAGUUCCAAUCUGUGAUGCUAAUGUUGAAAGGGCUCCAGACAUUUUCUAAUGCAUCAGGAUUAACCACAAAUGUAGGGAAGCCAAAUAUAUUUGCUGUAAACAUGAAGGCACGGGAGAUAGAAGACCUAUGUGAAAUAACAGGGUAUAGUAAAGGCAAGCUCCCAUUCAAAUACCUAGGGGUUCCAAUAUCAUCUAAGAAGCUAUCCAAAACGGAUUGUCAAAUACUGGUGGAUAAGCUGGCCACCAGAAUAAGUAGUUGGGGUUCAAGAAACUUAUCAUAUGCAGGUCGAGUGCAAAUGAUAAAUGCAGUCUUGAUGCAUAUUCAUACAUACUGGGCUUCGAUAUUCAUUCUUCCCAACGCAGUUCUUAAAAGUAUCACAGCAAUGUGUCGAAACAACUUAUGGGAUGGUAAGGUGGAAACAAAUAGAGUACCCCUAGUAGUUUGGGACCUUGUGUGUCGACCAAAACAAGAAGAAGGAAUAGGUAUAAAGGAUUGUGCAGCAUGGAAUGAGGCAGCUAUUGGGAAAUAUGUUUGGGAUAUAACUCAUAAGACUGACUCACUAUGGGUUAAAUGGAUUAAUCACAUCUACCUAAAAAAUGUAGAUUGGUGGCAAUACAAUGUAGCAGUGGAUAGUAGCUGGUACUGGAAGAAAAUUUGUCAUGUUAGGGAUAAACGAGCAGGAGGCUAUGUUCAUGGGGGAUGGCAGUCAGCUACCGGGAAGUAUACAAUUCAAAAAGGAUAUGCAUGGUUGAAGGGAACUCUGGAUAAUUGCCAAUGGGGAAGAUGGAAGAAGCUACUUACAAAGGACAGACUAGUGCGCAGAGGUUUUAGUACAGAUGGCAUGUGUGUUCUAUGUGGUAAUGCAUUAGAGACUGUUGAACAUUUGUUUUAUGACAGCCAAUUCUCAAGAAGAUGCAUAACUACAAUAUUACAGUGGCUAAAAGUCAGAAUUACAAACGUUGAAGGACAGCUCCUAUGGAGAAGAGUAGCAAGGAAAAUGGGAGGCAAGCUAAGUAGAGAAUUUGCUUUUGCAGCCUUGGCAGCGACUACCUAUCAUGUGUGGAAAGAGAGGAAUGAAGCCUUAUGGAAGAGUUCAGUCCCUAGACCACAAAGAGUAUGUGAGCAAAUCAAAGAAGAAUGCAAACUUCGAAUAGUGGAAAUACUCAACAAGCGGAAAAAGGGCAAGGAUAGAAGAUGGCUAGAGGAUAUAUAUAGAUAG